AUGAAGAGGCAUCAGACCGCGGGGGGUGGCAAUCAGAGAUGCCACCUCACUGACCCUCUGCAGGUGAGGAGCCCAGAGGUCCCAGCAGGAGGAGCAGAGGAGCCCAGAGGUCCCAGCAGGAGGAGCAGAGGAGCCCAGAGGUCCCAGCAGGAGGAGCAAAGGAGCCCAGAGGUCACGAUGGAAGAGCCCAGAGCUUCCAACAGGAGGCGCACCAGCUCAGACUCAGGGGGAUGGACUGCGGUGGUCGGCAUCAGUCUGGGACUUCUGUUCAUCACACAAGCGUCUCUCAACGUCUUCCUGCGUCUCUACUUCCCUUCAAACAAGAUCAACACGAGCGAUUGCACCGAUGUGACCGCAGAGAAGGGAGACCUUGGCAAACCCCUCAACACGUGUCAGAGAUCUCUGUUCCUCAAAACCCGUGAACUGGAGGAAAAGAUCUCGUAUCGUUACUUGUCCGGAGGUUGGAUGAGUUUCAGUGGGAGUUUGUACCUGGGCUCCACCACAAAGAGAAACUGGUUUGAGAGCAGACAGUUCUGUCAGGAUCAAGGAGCCGACCUGGCCAUCAUCACUAAUGUCCAGGAGAAGGACUUCAUAAGCUCUAUAUAUAAAGAUCGCAGGUGGAUUGGUCUGAGUGACAUGCAGGAGGAAGGAGUCUGGAGAUGGGUGGACGGCACAAAGCUCACUACAAGCUUCUGGAUGAGCAGCGAGCCAAGCAAUGACUGGCGAAACAAGGGAGAAGACUGCGUUGAAAUUAACUAUAACGGUCAGCUGGGAAAGUGGAACGACGCAAAUUGUGGUGUUGCAAAACAGUUCAUCUGUGAGAGAAGACUCGAUGAUUUGUGA